UGUGCGCGCCCGUGUGCCGGAUGACGUUCCGCAGCAGCACCUUCCCCACCGGCACCCGGGACAUCCUCCCGCCCUCCGCGCGGACCUCACCAGAACGGAACCGCCACCGGGCGCGCUCCCGGCUCCUGGCCGGAAGUGCCUUCGCCAGGCGCCCCCCACGGAGCAGGCCGGGACCGGAAGAAGGACGGCACUUCCGGUCGCUGUUGCUACGCGACGGUGGCGCGAUGGCGGACGCGGGGUUGGGGUGGGCCGCGCGGCUGUGGGCGCUGCUGGAUGAGAUGGCGGAGAACCAACCGCAGGCUUACCGCCGGCUGCUUCGGGAGCAGCGCGCCCAGGCCGAGCAGUUCCGCGCCCCUCCCGAGCCCCGGCUGUGCGUGCGGGCCUUGCCUGCCGCGGGGGAGCGGCACCCGGGGCUCGGCGCACCGCGGGGCGCUGCCUGCGGGCCGCUCUUCGUCAACGUCUGCGGCUGGAGACGGGUGCCGCCCCCCGCGGAGCCCCGGGCCCGCAUCCCCGUCAUCGCGGGGCCGCUGGAGGGAGCGGCGGGCGAAGGAGGCUCUUACAGCAUUAUAGAUAUUGCAUAUAACCCAGAUGUUCUGCAGAGGAGAGAAGAAAACCCAGAAGCAAUGGAACAUUUGAUCCGUUUAACGCUUAAAUUCAUAGAGGAACGAUGCAACCUUAUUCUUUCACAUUCAUACAAAAUUGAAUCUUUCAAGCUGAAAGGAAGCCCGGAAGGGAUGUGGCAACGACUGACAGGCAGGCAGCUGCCAGCACCCCACCUCGCUCAGAACACAGAUAAGGAACUGACACUUGAUCAGCUGCUGCACAGCAUAGAAGCUGAGGACCACAGCGACGCUCCUGUCUUGCUGAAGGAAGAAAGCGUCACACAAUCUAAAGUGCAACUGAUAGAGGAAAUCACCGGUACAGAAGUGCCAGAGGAGCUAAGCACCCCUGCCUACAAAAUGACUGCUGUGAAGGAUGCAAACAACAAGCCAGUAAGAAUUGAACUGAAAGUUGAGUUGCCUAAGGUUAGCUCUGUUUCUGAGUGUGUUCUAAGAAUUUCCAAGGACGACGUGAUCAUUGAUGUCCCUGAAAAAUACAAAUUACAACUAGAUCUGCCAGAAUUAGUGGACGAAGAAGCGACAACAGCAGUAUUUAAUAAAGGAAAAGGGGUAUUGUUUAUCACAGCACCAGUUGCCAAGCCUGGACAAUAAAGGCUGCAUUGUUUAGAUCGCAAUCUCAGAUGACAGAACUAAACAAAAGCCCAGAAUGAGAAUCCUGACUCCUAGUUGGUAAUGAGUUAAUGGACCUUCUCAUCUUCAAAGGUGAAUAUCUCAAAGGUAUAUGUAGAAAAGGAAGUCAGGAGGAAUAUUAGGCCACCAACCUUUGGAAAACCAGUAAAGAUUGUAAAUACUCGAGAAAUAAUUCAAUACGCUAACAGUUGUAUGUAAAUGCACACAUACACUUACUACAUCAUUAAUUUUGCCUUAAGAUACAGCACUAGCAGGUAUUUUUUUUUGUUAAAUAAAUUAUUUUGUUUACUGGA